ACACCCCCCUAAGUUGCAUGCCAUGAGAGACAUGGUGAAGCCACAUUCAUGUAAAUCAAGUUCAGCUUCUUCUGAGCUUUCCAUGCACAAAGGUUCGCAAGCAAUACCAAAACUCAAGCCAAAGAUUCGCAUAGUUCACAUAUAUGCACCAGAAAUCAUAAAGACGGACGCCGGAAAUUUUCGAGAGCUUGUUCAAAGACUCACCGGAAAACCUGCAGAGAUAAAAGGUAAUCAGGAACGAAACCAGAAUUUUUUAUUGGGUAAUAGGAACGUAACGACGGCUCCAUCAAGCAAAAAUAUAAUGAGUUUCGACAUGGAAACGCAUUGUGAGUUUGCCGGUUUUCAAAAUGGGGUGAGAUCAAUAAAGGAGGAAGACGAAGAAGUAUGGGGAAAUGACAACUUGAGUGGCUUCUUUGAUGGAUUCUCGGACUUGGAUGGUUUCAUUGAAGAGUUAAGUGAGUUGCCUGUUCAUUGAGAUCUUGUCACAUUUUUAUGUUUUGGAAGGAGACUGCACACACAUAUAUAUAUAUAUUAAUGCAUUGUCUCCAGAUCGAAAGGAUUACAGCAAACCUUUUUUUGUUUGUUUAUUUGUUAAUUUAGUUCCAUUAAUUUGACGACUUUUGUUCUCCUUCCUGUAAAACAUAGUAAAGUGUACGUGUUCCUGAUCAUACUGUACAUUUGUUUCUUCUUAUGUUCA